CACCAACGAACGAGACUUUAGGGUGCUUUCACUCGAGGCUCGAGACCUCGGCGAGGAGCACAGCCAAAAGGAGUAUGCGAGAAGCGCUCUUGGGCCGUUUCAAGCUAGUGCGACGAGCGGUAAUCGUUCGCUAACCCAGCUAUCCGACAACCGUGGGCCGAGGCAUGUGAGUGAGCGCCGAAAGCUGGAGAUGAUGGCUGCUGUCACUCGACACCUUUAUGUAGACUCAACUGUUCCUCGAUCCGUUUCUUUUUCUACUCCCUACAUCUUUUGGGAUACCCCAUUCACAUAAUCUUAACCAAUAUGGCUCAAAAUACAGAAGCCUCGUCAAAGGCGCUCCGCUUCGACGGCCAGACUGUCGUUGUCACUGGAGCUGGUGGUGGCCUCGGCAAGGCAUACGCCAUCUUCUUUGCGUCUCGCGGUGCCAACGUCGUAGUCAAUGAUCUCGGCGGUUCCUUCAAGGGCGAGGGCGCGUCCUCAAAGGCUGCAGAUGUAGUGGUGGAGGAGAUCAAGGCAGCUGGCGGCAAGGCUGUUGCCAACUACGAUUCAGUAGAGGAUGGUGACAAGAUCAUCGACACAGCGAUCAAGGCCUUUGGCAGAAUCGAUGUCCUGAUCAACAACGCCGGUAUCCUAAGGGACAUCAGUUUCAAGAACAUGAAGGACGAUGAUUGGGACUUGAUUAUGAAGGUCCACGUCAGAGGUGCAUACAAGUGUGCCAGAGCAGCAUGGCCUCAUUUCAGAAAGCAAAAGUACGGCAGAGUCAUCAACACGGCAUCCGCGGCUGGUCUGUUCGGUAGCUUCGGACAGACAAACUACUCUGCUGCCAAACUCGCUCAAGUCGGUUUCACCGAGACUCUGGCAAAGGAGGGUCUCAAGUACAACAUCCUCGCCAACGUCAUCGCCCCUAUCGCCGCCUCCAGAAUGACACAAACCGUUAUGCCGCCAGAUGUCCUCGAGAACCUCAAGCCCGACUGGGUCGUCCCCCUGGUUGCAGUACUUGUACACCCUUCAAACACAGAAGAGACUGGAAGCAUUUUCGAGUGUGGUGGUGGUCACAUUGCAAAGCUCCGCUGGGAGAGAGCCAAGGGUGCUCUGCUUCGUGCAGAUGACAGCUACACCCCCGGUGCACUGCUCAGCAAGUGGGACGGUGUCAACGACUUUAGCGAGCCCAGCUAUCCUACUGGAGUCGCAAACUUCAUGGAGCUGCUCGAGGAGGCCCAGAAGCUGCCGGCCAACCCUCCCUCAAAGAACCCUGACUUUAAGGGCAAGGUCGCUCUGGUCACUGGUGGUGGUGCUGGUCUCGGUCGCAUCUACUGCUUGCAGUUCGCCAAGUACGGUGCAAAGGUUGUUGUCAACGAUCUGAUGAACCCCGACGACGUUGUUCAAGAGAUUCAGAAGCUCGGAGGUGAAGCCGUUGGUGUCAAGGCCUCUGCAGAGGAUGGUGACGCAGUCGUCAAGGGAGCUAUCGACGCUUAUGGCCGCAUCGAUAUCAUCAUCAACAACGCAGGCAUCCUCCGCGACAAGGCUUUCUCUAACAUGGACGACAAGCAGUUCGACCAAGUCCUUGAUGUACACCUGAGAGGAACCUACAAGGUCACCAAGGCUGCCUGGCCUUACUUCCUGAAGCAAAAGUACGGCAGAGUCGUCAAUACCACUAGCACCAGUGGUAUCUACGGCAACUUUGGACAAGCCAACUACGCUGCCGCCAAGUGCGGUAUUCUCGGUUUCUCCAGAGCCCUUGCGAGAGAGGGUCAGAAGUACAACAUCUUGGUCAACACUAUUGCACCUAACGCUGGUACAAACAUGACCCGUACUAUCAUGCCUGAGGAGAUGGUUCAGGCCUUCAAGCCCGACUACGUCGCUCCUCUUGUAGUUCUGCUCAGCUCUGAUCUCGUGCCCCAGCCUGGAACUGGUGGUCUAUACGAGGUCGGAUCUGGUUGGGCUGCUCAGACUCGCUGGCAGCGCACCGGUGGACACGGCUUCCCUGUUGAUGUCAAGCUCACUCCCGAGCACGUCCUCGGCCAGUGGAAGAGAAUCAUUGACUUCAGCGACGGUCGCGCGGACCACCCCGCCGAUGGUAACGACGGCCUGAAGUCUAUCAUGGCCAACAUGCAAAACAAGAGCUCUGGAGCCAAGCCUUCGAAAGAGGGUGGCAAGGGCGGCGAGUACCUUGCCAACAUCGAGAAGGCAAAGAAGGCCACUCCUCAAGCUACUGAGUUCAAGUACGACGAGAGAGAUGUCAUCCUUUACAACCUCGGUCUCGGUGCCAAGCGCACCGACCUGCCUUUCGUCUACGAGGGCGAUGACAACUUCCAGGUCAUCCCAACCUUUGGUGUUAUUCCUCCCUUCAAUGCCGACACUGGCUUCUCCUUCGAUUCGAUCGUUCCCAACUUCUCACCUAACAUGCUCCUUCAUGGAGAGCAGUUCCUCGAGAUCAAGACCUUCCCCAUCCCUACUGAGGCUACUUUGGCAGCAUACCCCAAGCUCGUCGAGGUUGUGGACAAGGGUAACGCUGGUGUUGUAACAUAUGGUUCUACCACCAAGGACAAGAACACUGGCAAGGAAUUGUUCUACAACGAGUCGACUGUCUUCAUCCGUGGUUCAGGUGGCUUCGGUGGUCCUAAGAAGGGCACCGACAGAGGCGCUGCAACCCGCAUCUACAAGGCUCCUGAGCGCAAGCCCGAUGCUGUUGUAGAGGAGAAGACCAGCGAGGACCAGGCAGCCAUCUACCGUCUGUCUGGCGACCGCAACCCUCUGCACAUUGAUCCCGAAUUCUCCAAGGUUGGUGGUUUCAAGACUCCCAUCCUUCACGGUCUCUGCUUCUUCGGCUUUGCUGGCAAGGCUGUUUUGCAGACAUAUGGUGAGUUCAAGAACAUCAAGGUCAGAUUCGCUGGCGUCGUCUUGCCAGGACAGACUCUCAUCACCGAGAUGUGGAAGGAGGGCAAUGUCGUCGUAUUCCAGACCAAGGUCAAGGAAACCGGCAAGCUUUGCAUUUCUGGAGCCGGCGCCGAAUUGCGUAAUGCCCAGUCAAAGAGCAAGCUAUAAUGGAUGUCGUGAUCAAAGUAUUGUAGUAUUCUAGCGUUGAUUCCCGAAAUGUCAUCAUGAACUCUCAUCAUCACUAAAUCUUGGUAUCCUGCAUGUCAUCGUGUCCGUAUCGCUGUGAUCGGAUCUCGCGGCUUCUAUACAUGGCUACGACCGAAGGUGUCGUGUAGCAAGUCUCCCUCCAGGAAAAGUAUCCAUUCUUUUUCCCACCGCCGUGUUCGAAUCAGCUGGUUUAUGGCCACCAAAAAAACAAGCCUCAGUGGGUCGACUAUUGAUAGCCUCGACACUUAACCGUCCACACGCGACGGAUAGCACGCAUUUUGCUGGACUGCUAGCAAGUUUCAAAAUUUUGCAAAGGUCUCGACGUGAUAAAUUUUCGAAACAUGCGGUUACCGUUCGUUCUGUC